AUGGAAGCACGCAGAACGAACGAAGAUAACUUUGUUCGGAGUCCGUCUGGUCUUAUAUACUACACGGCGUCUACACCCACCAGCGCCAACAUGACGCAGUCGGUUUUGGAUCAACGACUUGUUAGCAAAUCAAAUUUUUCUUUGACGCACAGCACCGUUACCAGUGCCGUUACUGAAGUUUUGGAGAUUUCAAAUUCAUCGAGCGAAGAGUGGACACAUUUCUACGAUCUUAUGCUGUCUUGGCAAGGCAUUUGUUUCAUCGCAAUAUUUUGUGUGCUCAUCGUGAUCACGGUUCUGGGCAAUACAUUAGUAAUAAUGGCGAUUAUAACCACGCGACGCCUGCGCACCGUAACAAACUGUUUUGUAAUGAGUCUGGCGGUUGCGGAUCUUCUGGUGGGCAUUUUCGUUAUGCCACCUGCAGUAGCCGUACAUUUAGUGGGCUCCUGGCGUCUUGGUUGGAUACUUUGCGACAUUUGGAUAUCGCUCGAUAUACUGCUUUGUACCGCGUCCAUACUAAGCUUGUGCGCCAUCAGCGUGGACAGAUAUCUGGCCGUGACAAAACCGCUGAAGUACUCACGUAAACGCCGUUCGAAACGCUUGGCGCUGUUAAUGAUACUGAUUGUUUGGGUGCUGGCGCUGGCGAUAACUUGUCCGCCCAUGCUCGGCUGGUACGAGCCGGGUCGACGUGACCGAAAUGAGUGCCGUUAUAAUCAAAAUAAAGGAUACGUCAUUUAUUCGGCCAGUGGCUCCUUCUUUUUGCCAAUGAUUGUGAUGCUUUACGUUUAUGCGCGCAUUUCCUGUGUUAUCGCCUCGAGGCAUGACAAAAUGACCCACACCAGUGUGCAUUGGAAGCGAUUCAGGCGUUAUACCACGGUUGAUACUUACAAUUAUGCUGAGCAGGAUUUCUUCGAGUUGACACGCGAGAAGGCCUCGGAAGAGCGCAGAUUUUCCAAUCAAACCAUCAUUAAUGAGCUAACUGAAGUCAUGGUGCCCGAUGCGGAAAACGUCCGUCCACUGCUGAGCUUACCAAAGGCGAAUAGCGGUAAGGGUAAUAUCAACGAUUUGACACGACCCGUGUCAUGGAAAACGCCAGCAAGUGUGGUGUAUCAGUACACGUCCAAUGGCAAAAGGCAACAAUACGCCCAGUCGUGUCCGCCUGGAUCGAUAGCUCGUAUGCAGCAGCCACGCGGUUCCCAACCGCAACAGCAACAACUGAGAUCCUUGGCCAACUGCAUAAUUUCGCUGAGGAAAGAGCACAAGACUACACAAACGUUGAGCAUUGUGGUCGGAGGCUUUAUUGCCUGUUGGCUGCCAUUCUUCAUUUACUACCUGCUUACACCGUUUCUAGAGCCGCGACAGGUCAGCCGGACCCUCACGCAUGUGCUCACCUGGCUGGGCUGGCUGAACAGCGCCAUUAAUCCCUUCAUUUAUGCAUUCUACAGCAUCGACUUUCGCGUGGCAUUCUGGCGACUCGUCUGCCGACGCUUCUGCAGCAACAUUAUGCGACCACAAACACCCACCUCCACUACAUCGAUGAGACUGUAGGGCAGCAGAUGGGCGCACAAUCGGAGGGCAAUGGAUAUUUUUGCGCAGAUACCCCUGCGUACAAAAUCGUAUGUGUUUACUUCAUUUGACACAUACAUUCAUACAUAUGAAUACAUAUUUAGAAUUAUAAGCUGAAAAGCGUUUUAGGCGUGGAGCAUGCAUCGGAUUAUGUGUAGCCAUGUGUAAGGUGUGCUUCAUGUUCGUGUACAUGUAUGUAUAUGUCUUCUAAAGGGUAUUAGUCAAGCAUUGUACUCAGCGUCCAUAUAAAGCGACUUUUAAUAUGGACGGAUCGAUUUUCAGUUAUUUUAUAAUCGUAAAGAAAGGUUUAAAUUAUCCAUCAACCAUUUGAGGGGACGUGUUUUUGUACGCAUAUCAUUGUGUGUGCUGCAUGGCAUAUACCAGUUUUUCCCUUUGACCCGGCUAAUUGUCUAACACUGAUCAAAUUGGCAAAAGAAUGCGAUUGGCCGCAUAAGAGUCUCAUUGUUUCGAAGAACGCUCGAAAAGCGACGCCAGAAUAAGCUAGUCAACGUCAUAGACUUCUGAAAGUUGGGCCAUGGAAGAAGAUUGCUCUAAUUAGUAUUCAAAAACUGUUCUCUUCUAUGUGCGUCCAAAGACUUUUCAGGCCACGUAGUAUUUACCCAGCAAGGGAAAGAUUUAAGAGCUUCGGAUAUAUGAAGUCUUCAAAGAAUAUCGAGCCGUUCCAAAAGCUAUUUUAUUUAUUGUAAUUAAUUAAUAUAAAAUAAAACAUA